GCGAUGUUCUCCAAAUAGUUUAUUCAGUCUCUCCGAAUUCGCAGUGGAGUGUAGCCGGUUGCUCGAAAACCUCCCCCACACGUGACUCGCGAAACUUCACGACCACCCGGCGAAUUUUCAUUUUACUCGUUUCGGAAUUGAUUCAAAAAAACGCGAAAGUUUUCAAAUUGUCAUUAACCGGUUUGGAGAGAAAGCUGCCACCGCAACUCCCGAAUUAUUAUGUAUACUGUUGUCAACGACAUCAAACGCAGUUUUGCAGUACUAUCGGCUUUAUUUUUAACAGUCGUUACUUCGAAAGUGAGAGCCAAUGAGCGUUGCAGUGCCGAAGAAUUAAUGCAGUGUUCGAAGCCACUUUCUGUACUUGAUUCGGGUCUAACCUUCGUAUCAAGCAAAACGGAUUUGGACCGAAUUUGCCCAGAUCUGAAGGAAGCCAUCAGGUGCAUCCAUCAGUACACCAGAGUCUGUAUGACCUUCAACAACAGGAGACACUUUAAAAAAUUGUUUCACGGAACGGGGGAAAUGGUCAACAACUUAUGCAAAAAUGGAACCUACCAAGAAGAGUAUCUUCGACACGCGCCUUGCAUGCAACGAGUGGAACCGGAAAACGAAAUCUGUUUCAAGAAGUACGCCAAACAAAUGAAUGAGAUCCAGUCCAAGUCGCCAAUCGAAAAUGUUUCGGAGCCCGAUUUAGUUAGUUACCAAACGUACCAAAAGAGGAAAAGAGAUGCGGCGGACGAGGGCAUCAAGAACGUAUGUUGUUCAUUCCAGGAAUAUGUAGACUGUUCUACAAAAACAACCAGAAACACAUGCGGGAACGAGGCAGCUGAGUUCAGCAGGAAGUUCUUGGACAAGAUGUCUACUAACAUGAUACAGCUGCACUGUCAAAAUUAUGGCCCCAGGGAAUGCGGACUGAUUACAUCGUCGACAACUCGUACGCGGACCUCGUUCCUGUCAAUUCUAUUUAUUAGCAUCAUACCAUUUCUUCUGUGGUAAAAACAUUGUUAGUUCCUGAUUGCAAAUAUACCAAAAAAAAAAGAAUUCUAUGAGAGAUUUUUUGCGAGUUUUGAUGAAAGUACUGAAAAUUCCUCAACAUCACACUUAAAUUUUAAAGCUCUGCGCCACUUAACUUUAAACCAGCAUCUUUUUAUAUAGUCAUGCGCAGCUGCUAGGUAAGAUAAAUCGGUAGUUUAACUUGGUUAGGCAACUAGAGCAUAGAACUUUGAAAGACUGAUAACUUUAAUUUUAACGAAUUUCUCUUACCUAGCUUUGAAUUUUUCUAAAAUUUUCUAGAUACAUCAACAUAAUUAUAAUUUAUUUUAUUUAUUUUUGAAUGUCAUCCAAAUCGCCCUAAACGUUAAUAGUUAAGUUACAAAGAAAACAAUUAAUUUAAUAACUCGAAUCUCAUAUUACAAACAUAUUAUUAUGAAAGUUUUGCAUUCAAUCGAUAAAACAAAGACCGUGUAUUUUUUGUAUCAAUUGGCAUUUUCAAAUACAUAUUAUUGUAAAUACGCCUGAACUCCAACAUCAAUAAUAACUAUCAAAAUUAUAUAUAGAAACUUCUACCUUAUUGUAAGAUGUAUAAAUGAAAUGUUGAGAUAUCUUAUUGCUAUGCAAAACUGCUUAGAAAUUGCAAGAUUUAGGGUCAAGUCCCGUAGCCAAUUGAUCCCUCAUAAACAACAAAUUUAGCGAUAAAAACCUCAACUCAUCAUGCUAAUUUUAAGUGACUUGUUAAGGUGUAAGUUAACUAAUUGAUUGUUAAAUACCAUAAGGAAUUACUGUACAUUUGAAAUCUAUUUAUAAGGAAUAAAUGCAGCUAUUGUUUGUUAA